AUGAGCGAGCAAAGCAGUUCCUUCUCCAAUGAAGAAAACUUCAAGUUUUUUGGACUCGGAGGUUGCAACGAAGUUGGUCGAUCGUGCCACAUCAUUGAAUAUAAAAACAAGGUGAUUAUGUUGGAUGCGGGAAUGCAUCCUGCAUUGAGUGGACAUGCAUCAUUUCCAUAUUUCGACGAAUAUGACUUGUCCAAAGUCGAUAUUCUAUUGGUAAGUCAUUUCCAUGUCGAUCACUCAGCCUCAUUGCCAUAUGUCAUGCAACAGUCAAAUUUUCGAGGCAAAGUCUUCAUGACCCACGCAACUAAAGCCAUAUAUCGUUGGUUGAUGCAAGACUUUGUUAGGGUGACGUCGAUUGGGAACUCAAAGACUGAAGGUGGUAGUGGUGGUAAUGAUGAGGGGGGCAACUUGUACACAGAUGAUGACAUCUUCAAAUCAUUUGAUCGAAUAGAGACGAUUGAUUUUCACUCAACAAUGGAAGUUGACGGAAUUAGAUUCACUGCGUACUAUGCUGGUCAUGUUCUUGGAGCCUGUAUGUACUUGAUUGAGAUUGGAGGGUUGAAAGUCCUUUUCACGGGUGAUUAUUCGAGAGAAGAGAAUAGACAUUUACCUUCAGCCGAGAUCCCGCCAGUUAAGCCGGAUGUUUUAAUAACAGAGUCGACUUUUGGUACUGGUACUUUGGAGCCCAAGGCCGAGUUAGAAAAGAAGUUGACCAAUCAUAUACAUGCUACAAUAACAAAAGGAGGUAGGGUUUUAUUGCCUGUUUUUGCCUUGGGUAAUGCACAAGAGCUUUUGUUAAUUCUUGACGAAUAUUGGGAGAAGAAUGAAGAUUUGCAAAAUGUGAGCGUUUAUUACUGCUCUGAUCUAGCUAGGAAAUGUAUGGCCGUUUAUGAGACCUAUACAGGUAUUAUGAAUGAUAAAAUACGGCUCUCAUCUUCAUCAGAUGAUUCUAAAUCUAGUCCGUUUGACUUUAAGUAUAUCAAGUCGAUACGGAACCUUGCAAAGUUUUCAGAUUUAGGUCCAUCUGUAGUCGUGGCAACACCAGGUAUGUUGCAAGCUGGUGUGUCUAGACAAUUGUUGGAGAAAUGGGCACCAGAACAGAAGAACCUUGUCAUAUUGACCGGAUAUUCAGUGGAAGGGACAAUGGCAAAAGACUUGUUGAAAGAGCCUCAGGUUAUACAAUCGUUGAACAACCCGGAUUUGAGUAUACCUAGGAGGAUAGGUGUGGAGGAAAUUUCAUUUGCUGCUCAUGUUGAUUUUCAACAAAACUCUGAGUUUAUUGACAAGGUGUCUCCUUCAAGAAUCAUCUUGGUCCAUGGAGAUUCAGUCCCCAUGGGUAGAUUGAAAUCGGCUUUGUUGAGUAAGUAUUCUUCUCGAAAGGGUACGGAUAAGGAAGUCAAGGUGUUCAACCCAAGAAAUUGUGAGGAAUUAAACAUUGCAUUCAAAGGCUUGAAGAUAGCCAAGGUUCUCGGGUCACUUGCGGAAGAGCAGUUGCAAACUUUGAAAAAGGAAAUUGAAGAGAAAAUAACUGAGGUGGAUGAAGAGGGAGGAGAUGUUAGAAUGGAGGAGGAUGAAGCGGAUCCAAACUCGAAAGAGGUGGCAAAGACAUCAACAAGCACUUUCAAGCCCGGCCAAAUAGUCUCGGGAGUACUCGUUUCAAAAGAUUUCGAGUUGGAUCUUGUGCAAUUGCAGGACUUGAAUGAAUUUACACAAUUGUCUACAUCGAUUGUGAAAUCGAAGAUGAAUCUCAAAAUCAAUGCAAAUUUGUCGUUGAUGAUUUGGCAUUUGAAGCAAAUGUUUGGUUACAUCAAUAUCCUCAAUGACAAUGAAAAUGAAAAUGAGUGGGAGUGUGUGAUUAUGGAUGUUGUAGACAUUAUAGUAGAUAGGUCGAAAGGUCCCGGUCUUUACAUAUCCGUGGAGUGGAUCAAUGACAAUUUGACAGCUGAUUCAUUGGCGGACAGCAUAAUCGCUAUCCUAUACUCGAUUGAUUCAUCUCCAGCAUCGGUCAAAAUGUCAUCUACACAGCAUUCCCACGAUCACCAGCAUUCUCAUAUUAAGCAAGAGCACGAGAACGGAAAUGCCUCAUCUACAGUAUUGAAAUCAGAUAUUGCUAGCAGAAUAUCCCAGCUCCAGCUUCUUUUGGAAGCCCAAUUUGGUGAGUCGUUGGAGAAUUUAGCAGACGAAAAAGCCAAGGUUUCAAUAGGAAAAAGUGUUGCAAAUAUAGACUACAGGACUUUGCAAGUGGAAUGUGCAUCCAAAGUGUUGAAGGAUCGUAUAGAAACUAUUAUAAAGCGUGGUACUGUGCUAACAGCGCCUUUGGCAUUACCACCUAAAUAG